ACUCGGCGGCCAUUAGCUGUGUGUAGUUGCCCGGGACUGGGUGCUUAAGUGAAGAGGGAAGCCUUACCCGGUGGAAAUCUACCGUGGCCAUGGGCUCCUGCCGCGGCUAGCCCCGGAGUACGGAGAAGGCGGGCUUUUCGGUGCCCCGCCCCGCCCAGUGGCGGGGCCCGCUAGGCCUCCGGGGAUCCCCGGUCUCAAGUAGGCCUCGUCUGCCGGCAAGGGCGCCCCAAAGGCGGGAGGCGCCAUGUCGCUGGUUGCUUACGCCAGCAGCGAUGAGAGUGAGCCGGAUGAGGCCGAGCCGGAGCCGGAGGAGGAGGAGGCGGCGGCCCCUACGUCCGGGCCCACCUUGGGGGGCUUGUUCGCGUCUCUCCCCGCACCCAAGGGCCCGGCCUUGCUGCCUCCGCCCCCCCAGAUGCUGGCCCCCGCCUUCCCCCCGCCGCUGUUGCUGCCCCCGCCCGCCGGGGACCCCCGGCUCCAGCCUCCGCCGCCCUUGCCCUUCGGCCUCGGAGGCUUCCCCCCGCCUCCGGGCGUGAGCCCGGCUGAGGCGGCGGGAGCUGGGGAGGGGCUGGGGCUGGGGCUGCCCUCGCCCCGGGGCCCGGGCCUCGGCCUGCCCCCCUCCAUGGGCGGUGCCGGGCCCCCCCUGGGCCUUCCCAAGCCAAAGAAGAGGACGGAGCCCGUGAAGAUCGCGGCGCCGGAGCUGCAUCAGGGGGAUUCAGAUUCCGAGGAAGACGAGCCCUCCAAGAAGAAAACUGUUCUUCAGGGAUCCGGCGAGGGGACUGGUCUGUCUGCCCUGCUUCCCCAACCUAAAAACCUGACCGUGAAAGAGACUGACAGGUUGCUCCUCCCUCACGCCUUCUCCCGGAGGCCCGCGGACGGCUCCUCCGACGCCAAGCCCUCCAGACAGGCUUCUAAGACCAAGCCCUCUCCCCUCGCCUCUGUCGUGGGCACCACAACCACCACGCCGUCGCCCUCUGCCAUCAAGGCUGCCGCCAAGAGUGCCGCCCUGCAGGUGACGAAGCAGAUCACGCAGGAGGAGGACAGUGACGAGGAGGUGGCCCCUGAGAACUUUUUCUCCCUCGCUGACAAGGCUGAGCCGCCUGGAGUUGAGCCAUACCCUUACCCCGUCCCCACCAUCCCUGAAGAGCUGCCUCCAGGCACAGAACUAGAGCCGGCCUUCCAGGACGAUGCGGCCAAUGCGCCCCUAGAGUUCAAGAUGGCCGCGGGCGCCAGUGGGGCGCCGUGGAUGCCCAAGCCCGGGGAGGAUUACGGCUACAAUCAGUUUUCCACAUACGGCGACGCCAAUGCCGCUGGUGCUUAUUAUCAGGAUUAUUACAGUGGUGGCUACUAUCCUGCACAGGACCCGGCCCUGGUCCCCCCCCAGGAAAUUGCCCCAGACGCCUCCUUCAUCGAUGACGAGGCAUUUAAGCGGCUACAGGGCAAGAGGAACCGAGGGAGGGAGGAGGUCAACUUUGUGGAGAUCAAAGGUGACGACCAGCUCAGUGGGGCCCAGCAGUGGAUGACCAAGUCACUGACAGAAGAGAAGACCAUGAAGUCAUUCAGCAAAAAGAAAGGUGAGCAGCCAACAGGCCAGCAGCGGCGGAAGCACCAGAUCACGUACCUGAUCCAUCAGGCUAAGGAGCGGGAGCUGGAGCUGAAGAACACGUGGUCGGAGAACAAACUCAGCCGCCGGCAGACCCAGGCCAAGUACGGGUUCUAGCGCUCCGGACUCGCCGCCACCGCACUCCUGCCGCCCGGCGCCCGGCCUCACCUCGGGGACCCUGCUGCUCCAAGCCCAGGCUCUCUGUCCCUGAGGCCCCGGCCCUCGCCUCUGCGAGAAUGAACACAUUUGAUAGAUUUUUCUUAACACAAGUUAGAAAAUUCAGCUCCUCUGCCUCGGAGCUAGCAGAGACGGGAGCGACGCUGCCGAUGGGGCUCUGCCCUGCUGGACGGGCGCGGCUCCCUGGUGGGCGCGGCUCCCUGGUGGGCGCGGCUCCCUGGUGGGCGCGGCUCCCUGGUGGGCGCGGCUCCCUGGUGGGCGCGGCUCCCUGGUGGGCGCGGCUCCCUGGUGGGCGCGGCUCCCUGGUGGGCGCGGCUCCCUGGUGGGCGCGGCUCCCUGGUGGGCGCGGCUCCCUGGUGGGCGCGACGAAACGGGGAGCCCCUCCUCCCUCCACUUUCUCUCUCUCUCUCUUUUUUUUUUUUUUUUUUAAAC